AUGAUUCAAGUGCCAAAGCGAUACAAGCUGCUUCUCAUCCCAACCCUUGUCAUCACGGUCACAUUCAUACUGCUGCUCAGCCAGUAUCGGUAUCAAAUACAGAAUGCACUUUCGUACGCGACGCGCCCGCUCUGGGACAAGGCCGAAGGCCCGAAAGCCAUAAUACCACACUAUUACACGGAGGGGAUGGAGAUGGACUCAUAUAUGUGUAAAAUGCAUGGAUGGGGUCCACGCACGCGAGCUGCUUCGGAUGUGAAAGUCCUGGACGCGGUGCUGAUGAGCAGCGAACUGGACCUCUUGGAAAUCCGCAUGCACGAGUUGGACCCCGUCGUGGACUACUUCCUCAUUGUGGAAUCGAAUGCGACGUUCACGGGGUUGCCGAAGCAGACAUACUUCGCAGACAAUCGCGCUAGGUUCAGCAAGUUCAAUAGUAAGAUCGUAUACCUAUUCCUGCCUGGAUACCCUUUAACCCCUUCACAAUCGGCAUGGGACGUCGAAGCUCACACUCGUGGAACUAUGUCUUCCCUGCUUAAGCAACAAAUAUCCCAAUUUCCUGCCCAGACAGAGACACUCGUGAUUAUGUCUGAUGUUGACGAAAUUCCAUCCCGACAUUCUAUAUCUCUCUUGAAAGCCUGCGAGUUCGGUCGAGCUAUACAUCUCCAGCUACGGAAUUAUCUCUACAGCUUUGAAUGGUACAUUGGGCCUUCCUCCUGGCGCGCAAGUAUGCAUCGUUGGGUCCCUGGAAUAACGUAUUACAGACAUUCUCAAUCGACGGAAGCCAUCCUAGCCGAUGCUGGCUGGCAUUGCUCGUACUGCUUCCGCACAAUCAAAGAAUACGUCGUCAAGAUGACAGGCUUCUCCCAUUCUGAUCGUGUUGGGGGUGACAUGCGCCUGCUCGAGCCGCAACGAAUCCAAGAUACAAUAUGUCAAGGGAAAGAUAUUUUCGGCAUGUUACCAGAGGCCUACAGCUAUGCUGAUCUCCUGUCGCAACUGAGCUUGACACCACAAACGUCGGCGGUCGGUCUGCCCUUAUACUUGAUAAAAAAUGCAGAUCGAUUUCGAUUCCUUUUACCUGGCGGGUGCAAGCGGGAAGCGUAG